AUGGAGUCACAGCCACCCGGUCCAGUUCCAGAGAUCAUUGAGGAGCAACCUGAACUUGCCCAUAGGCUUUCACAUACGUCUGGGGAAUUUCCAGCAAAGUAUGCGUCCGGGGAAUUCGGACCAAAUUUGCGGCGCACAGCCCUCCGACCAGAUUCGCCGACUGCCUCUGCAAAUACACAAGUUAUACAAAUUAUGCAAGGCGAUCAUGCAAUCACUUCGGCCAGGGCCAACAGAAGAGGGAUUGGACGUCUCUUGUGCGCCCCUUUUAUCCUCUUGUGCCUCCCUAUCAUCGGACUCUGGAGUCUCAUCCCCAAGCUUGGUCUGACGUCCGAGGGCCUAUCACUGUGGUGCCAAAUUGCCUACAUCUUCCUGGGCGAUUACUUGAAUCUGCUCCUCCUCGCGGUUCCUGCUGGAAUCGCUGUCAAUUACACGCCUGUGCCGCAAAUUGCAGUCUUCUUUGUUAAUUUUGUUGCAAUCAUUCCAUCGUCAAGAAUCCUGGGAUUAGCCAUGGACGAGUUGGAAUUACAUUUACAGGGAAACACGGUUCUUAUUGGCCUGAUAACCUGUACUUUUGGGAAUGCCGUCCAGUUGAUCCAAUCUGUUUUGCUAUUGAAGAACAGACAACUGGAUGUGCUACGUGUUUCUCUUCUCGGAACUAUAUUGACCAACCUGUUACUUCUGACAGGACUUAGCUUUCUCAUUGGUGGUAUCAGGUACCAUGAACAAGGUUUCGAUAAAAGCUUGACCCAGACAAUCACCAUGCUUUUGUUCCUGGCCAUUCUCUCCCUGGUUGUUCCUACGGCAUCCCAUUAUCUAUCCAAUAUUGAUGAUGCGGGCAUCCUGGCCCAAUCUCGUGGAACAGCCGUUGUUAUCAUAAUCUCCUAUGGUCUAUGGCUUAUUUUCGAUCUGAAAACCCACAGACCUAUUGAGACUUUGUAUCAGAAUACUGUGCUCCAGGAAAAAAGGAAGGCGAGAAAUCGGGUACUUUGUGACGAACAAAUACAAGAGGACGCGAGAUCCAACCCAGCCUCGAUUGAAGCCACCGCUCCAUUGCCAGAAGAAGGUCCCGCAGACGAUGAUGUGGACACAGAGCACAGGCUCACAGUUCCCGUUGCUAUAAUUACCAUCCUGGCAGCAACCGCUCUACUCGCCCUCAACACAGAGUUCGCCACAGACAGCGUGCAGAGCUUGACUGAGAAAUCCGUUUCACCGUCAUUUGUCGGUUUAGUCAUUCUACCCAUUAUUUCCCUUGAUACAGGUGCAAUUAAAUGCGCCCUCCAUAACAGCAUGGACUUGGCGAUAGCGCUGAGUUUGGGUCGCUGCAUGCAAAACGCCUUGAUGGUUGUCCCUCUUACCGUGCUACUUGCUUGGUGGAUGAAUAUAGACGAUAUGUCGCUGCAGUUUGAUGCAUUUACCAUCACAACAUUGUUUAUUUCGAUGGUCAUUCUAGGCUAUGUAGUUCAAGAGGGAAAGAGCAACUGGUGA